UCAUUCAAACUAAAUUAACUUUUCAAUCUUCGCCCCUAAAUAUAAAAAAUUAAAUAAAGUGUAAAAAAAAAUAGUAAAAUGGUUUCUAAAUUUUUGUGUACGUUUGGUCGAAUGUCUUCUCAAUUGUAUAUAAAUCACAUCAUUUCUCAAAAAUUUCCAAAAGUACCUGGUUUGCAGUUAUUAAACGUACACAUAAAAAGAAAAUACAGUACUUGCCCUUCUGGAAUGAAAGUUACGAUAUGUGGAGCUGGAGGUUGCACAGGUCAGCCACUCGCUCUUCUUCUAAAACAAUGUCCAUUAUUAGAUGAGAUAGCACUUUAUGAUAUUUGUGCAACUUGUGGCUACGGCAUGGAGUUGAGUCACGUUGAUACAAAAUGUAAGGUCUCUUCUUUCUCUGGCAGACAUAUGCUUUGCGAUGCUCUCAAGGGCUCAAGAGUUGUUGUAAUAGUCGCUCGAAACGAAUGCGAUUCAUUUGAAAAUAGUGCCCCAAUUGUCACAGAGAUUGCAUUACAAAUUUGUAACACAUGUCCCCAGGCAUUUACAAUCGUAGCCACGGAACCAGUGGAGAGUAUGGUUCCGUUAGUCAGCGAGAUACAAAGACUACGUUCGCAAUACAAUCCAAGAUUUCUACUUGGAUGUGUAGAGCUGAACUGUGUGCGAGCUAAUACGGUCUUGGCAGAUUUUCUUAGAGUACCGCCAGAGUCAGUUAGAGUUCCGGUGGUAGGAGGCGCUACUCCAGAGACCAUGGUUCCCGUACUCUCCGCAGCUGUACAUCCUUGCACACUGUCGCAGGAACAGACGGAAUGUGCUACCUCAUGUAUAAUGAGCGGCAACGAAGCUGUAUGCGCUGCUAAAGGUUGCGCGACAGCAACUGCAUGUCUUUCGGGAGCCUUUGCUGUGGCUCGUACUACGAUCAAUGUGGUGAAAGGUUUACAGGGUAGGAAGAACGUUGUGCAGUGUGCUUAUGUAGACAGUCUCGGAACAUGUGCUCCGGGAUGUCAAUUUUUUGCUAGUGAGGUUAUCCUCGGACCAGCUGGUGUAGAAAAGAAUUUAGGUAUACCAGAGCUUUCUAAAUUUGAAAACUGUCUCUUAUGCCACUGUCUACCGUAUGUCCGUAAUGAAAUCGCUCGUGCAAUUUGGCUCGUGUACACGAUGUGCCAGCAGUGCUGCUGUUAUGGAUGCACUAUUCAUCCCAGCACAUGCUACACUCCGCCCAUAGUUCCCUGCGUACCACCAACUAACUGGACCUGUGACUGUCCCGACGCUUGCCGAGAUGAAUACCUCGCCUCCAUCUGUCGUGAGAUGACCUGCAUGUGCGGUAGUACAGCGCUGUGCUGGAGGCCGCGGGAAGCCGACUAUGAUGCCAAACGAGCCUCGAACCUUACACAUCAAAUGCCGUUGAGGAGCGCCGCCUGUAGUGUUUGUAACGUGCCACGAAGCGUGCGAAUUCAACAGGCCUUACGAGAAAAGAAGGGAGAUUUUUAAUCUAUUACUGGUAUUAGUGACGCCAACCUAAUGAGACUAUGUCUUACGUAUAAGAGGACGAGAUAUGAAUAGUAAACUGCCUGUAUAUCAAACUUUAUGGUAUGAACCUAGUUCGAUAUUUCAGUCAAAGGAAAGGAGUAAGAUUGCUCAUUGAGGUUGGUUGAUGUUAUAAUGUGGACCUCACCGAGAACUUGAAAUUAUAAGGAUGAAACACAGGAGCAACCUAUCUGAAUUCUGAAUUUAAUAAUCCCCUGCAACUGUGUUUACAACCAGUUUUGUUUUUGGUGUCUGGUUCGACUUCUGAAAUUUUUUUAUAGUAAUAUUUUUUAUAUGAAUUUUUGCUGUCCGAAUACGUUAAA